UGAGAUUUUUUUCUACUGAUGUCAAGAAAGUCACUGACUAAUUGUAUGAUUGGUACAACAUGUCAUUCCUUGUUCUGUGAAGUAUCCUGGACUUGACUGUGGCUUCUUUGGAAGACCACUUACUCAUUGUGACUAACCUCGGACAUACUGCCGAGGCGGGGGAGGGGUUACUCACAGUGUAAGCUCAUGGAAUGAUAGGUGUUCUCGCCAUAGCCCCCACUUCACUGAAAAUGGACACUGCCAGUGUAUUUAUAGCCCAUCAGCUUGAGCAAGCGCUCUAUCUUAAACACAGUGAGGGAUCUGGUCAUAUUAACAAGGGUUGUGCAAGCCUCGUGGUCAUAUGCUAGACGGCGCUUGGACUGUUACUGUUCUUUUGAAUCUUGUCUGGACGAUCUCAUCAGAUGAAAAUUUCAUUUUAAGCAGAGAUUUCAUCAGCAAAAGAGAGGAACGAUGGAAAAGCCAGUUUUGCAGAGUCAGUCGUCCUCCCUGCCUUUUUUCGAUACAGCCCAUGCCUUUAACCUGCUGCGGGGGAUCCAUGAACUGAGAGCUGAAAGAAAAUUUUUUGACGUGACUUUGUGUGCCGAGGGACGAGAAUUUCACUGUCACCGCACCGUACUGGCUGCUGCCAGUACCUACUUCCGGGCUAUGUUUGCAGGAACGUUGAAGGAGAGCGUAAUGGAUCGGGUGGUUCUUCACGAGGUGUCGGCUGAGCUUCUGGGUCUGCUGGUGGACUUCUGCUACACAGGACGGGUGACAGUGACUCAGGAAAAUGUGGACGUUCUUCUGAAAACAGCUGAUCUUUUUCAGUUUCCUUCAGUCAAAGAGGCUUGUUGUGCCUUUCUGGAACAGCGGCUGGACGUUACCAACUGCUUAGAGAUCCAGGACUUUGCAGAGGCUUACGCCUGCCGAGAGCUGGCAACGAGUGCUCGCAAAUUUGUCCUGAAAAAUAUAAUGGAACUGGCUAAAGGGACAGACUUUGAGAUGUUAUCCUGGAAGCGUUUGCUGGAGUUUAUCUCAGACAGUGAUCUGUGCGUGGACAAGGAGGAGACAGUUUACCAAAUUGCAGUUCGCUGGGUGAAGGCUGACCUUAAGAGAAGACUGCAUUACUGGCCAGAGCUUUUCCAGCAGGUCCGACUCCCCUUCGUCAGAAGGUUCUUCCUGUUGGCCUAUGUAGAGAGUGACCCACUUGUGUACCUGUCACCAACCUGCCUACGCAUGGUGAACGAAGCUCGGAGCUUCCAGUCUUGUGAGUACGACCGUCACGACAGACCCUGCCACCGAAUGCAACCACGUCCGUCCACGGGUUUGGCAGAAAUCCUGGUUGUGAUAGGAGGCUGUGACCAGGACUGUGACGACCUGGUCACUGUGGACUGUUACAACCCUCAGACCGGACAAUGGCGAUACUUAGCGGAAUUCCCUGACCACCUGGGUGGAGGUUACAGUAUUGCGGCCCUUGGAAAUGAUAUGUACGUUACAGGUGGCUCCGAUGGCUCUCGCCUCUACGAUUGCGUUUGGCGCUACAAGUCCAGCGUGAACGAGUGGACAGAGGUUUCCCCGAUGCUGAAGGCCCACGAGUACCACAGCACAUCCGUACUCAAGGGGCAGCUGUACGUGGUUGCCUCAGACAGCACUGAGCGCUACGAUCCUUCUCUGGACUGCUGGGAGGCUUUGCCAGCGAUGCUGCAUCCCAUGGACAACUGCAGCACCACCGCAUGUAACGGUCACCUAUAUGCAAUAGGCCGCCUGACCGAGGAGGACAGGAUGACCAUGCAGGUCUAUGACGUAGACACCAACCGCUGGUGCAUGGUCAGCUGUGGACCGCUGCCUGCAUGGUCCUUCACGCCCAAAACUGUGACUCUCAAUGGACUCAUAUAUUUCAUCAGCGACGACUCGGCGGAUGUUAUCGUUUACAAUCCUCAGAAGAACAAGUUUGAAAAAAUCGGACGCAUGAACAAGGUCCACGGUGGAAGCAGCGUGGCAGUCCUAGGUGGUAAAUUAUACGUCUCUGGUGGUUACGACACUACAUUUGAGCUGUCAGACAUGGUGGAGGCCUACGACCCUACCACCCGCACUUGGUCUCAGGCUGGGCGACUACCUCAGCCGACCUUUUGGCACAACAGUGUCAGCAUAUUCCGUCAGUUCAUGCCCCAGGUGUCCAGCACAUUUCAACCCACCGACAUCCCCGAUUCUAACUCCAUUUACCUGCACCGUCAUCAGCGCCAACAUGCGCUCCACAAUAUAAACAACAAUCUCAACCAGAACCAAGAAGUGAACCCUGGACACUGAUCUUGGACUAUAACACCCCCACCCCCGCAUGUUUUGAGUCUGUCCUGACUCGAUGUAGCGUCGUUAGUUUACUGGGAUCUCACCUUGCCGUAAAGUUAAAACGAUGAGUCAGCGUUCACGGCAUUAUCUGAGCUCCUUGAAAUGCACUUGUUUGAAGACGUCCUCAUGAAAAUCAAUAUAAAUAUGAAUGGAGGCCUUUUGUUGUGUUACAGUAUGACAUGGUAUAAAAGAAAUGAAGGAUUGUUUGAAGGAGAAUUUAAAUAAAAGUCGCAGUCAUUUCGACCUGACAACUGAGGCUGCAGCUAAGAUAAGCAGCUACCAGAAUAACUCAGAUCUUCCCCUGACAUGUCAGUGGCCGAUCAAAACUCUAUGCUUAAUUAUUGGCAUGAAACAGCAGCUCUGAGAAGCUUCUCGCUUCCGUUCAGAGAC